GUGGUGAAGAGCAGAGACGUAGUUCUGUUUGGUGCUGGAGCUCAGGGAAAUCUUCCAGAAAUAAAAUAGAUAUCCAGCAUAACGGAGGCAUCCCUCUCAGCAUCUGUCUGUCCAAAAGGAGCUAUUUUGUGCCCGCCAGGCUAAGCAAGCAUUUAAUUUUCACCCAAUAAAACUGUUUGGAAGAGUGUUACCUAGAAAAACAAACAAAACUCCCCCAAAUGUUACCCUUCUCUGUAAUGAGAAGAAAACUAACUUGAAGAUAGAGGAAGCAGUCACUCAGGUUUGUAACGUACCCUCCUUCAUAACUAGCUGUUGCUGCUGCAGAAGCCUCACCUGGGAGCGGAGGCACUGUUUGUUUUACAAAGCUCACAGGGCUGCACCUGGUGGAGCAGAUCCUGCUGCCUGUGGCCCUGUGCAGCACUGCCGUGCGGGGAUCCUGGCAGCUCGGGUCACGUGUUGGCAUAGCUGCCAAGGGAUGAGGAAACGAGCGUUGUCCAGGCUGCUUUUGCUUGGUGUGCGCAGCGCUGCUGUGCGCCCCGUGAGACGGUGCUGCGCUCUGCUGAAACGAGGGAUGCUUGAACUCCACGGAGGCAGACUUCUCUGCUGAAGGAGGCGCGUACCAGAGGUGCUGGGGCUGCGCUGAGCUUCCGUGCCUGUUGAGGCAGGCGGUGAGCUUGCUUCUCACUGUGCUUGCCUGUUUGAUUGACGCUGGCUUCCAAAUUGCUACGACUGUGCCUGAAGGAAAGCAGAGGAGCCUCAUUUUGCUGUGAGUAUUUUCCUGGCAGGGGAAGGCACGCAAAGCAGCAAAACGUGCCCGGGAAGAGCUGCCCACAGCCUGGAAGCGUAGGUCCAAAUGCUAACGCGACUUCCAUUCAAGCCAUGCUGUUGUGAAUGAAGCCCUUUUUGCUCCAGCUUUGUCUUGCUCAGCACACUGGGGUCUGCCCAUGGCAUUGCAGCAGGCUGAGCUGGAUUAGUUGCCGGUGUGUCAUUGCUCCAUCUGUCUGAACUGCUGAAGAACGUUGCAGGGAACAUGUUGGACUUGAGCUUCCUGACUGAGGAGGAGUAUGAGAAGCUGAUGAAGGUUCUGCAGAGAGAUGCAGAGCUGAAGAAGAAAGAUGGGGAUCGCAUCAGACGGAUACAAGGCUCCAUCAAGGAUGAAAAGAAGAAGAAGUUUGUGACAGGUGAAUGGUUUUCAGAAGUGAAGGCAAAACGGUUUCAGGAAGACUUAGAGGGCUCGGAUCUGCUUCGGGCAUCAAUCAGAAGGAAAAAGGGCAAACUAGAAAAUGAGGUCAACGAGCACAUCGGGAGAAGUCUGGAAAGCAAAGAUGCCCCAGGUCCUCCCUUCCACGAGCAUGCUGCUGGCACAGGAGAGGAGAGAUCCAACACACCUGCUCUUGAUACUGCAGAGGAGCAUAAAAUCUUGCCAAAACCAAAGCCGAGACUUUCUGCCAUGCUGUCUGCAUCACACAAGAGAUUCAGUAUACAUGAUGUUUCUUCCUUGGAGAGUGACACUGGAGCAAGUCCGUUUGCAGCUGCAACAGACAACUUGCAUUUGUCUAGAAAAGGUAAUGGACUGUCUCCACCGCCUGCCAAGCUUUCAGACGAUGCUGUGCUACAGCCCAGCUGUGCAACUGGAGAAGCUGCUGAUGGGGCCACUGGCACCACAGCAGGACCAAAAAAUGCACCUGAAGCAGCUUAUGCUCCCAGCAAGAUACCUGUUAAGAGGAAACCAAGCAGAAGUCUCUCCAGAUCAGAGCAGUUUGUGAAUCACCUCGGGCCAGCAGAGAACAACCUUGAAAAGAGAGAGUUACUGGCAAGCCCGAGAUUGCUGACUACAGAAGGGGAAAGCAGCCAGGCAGUGAAGCCAGGCGUGAACUACACAAUCUCAUCAAUGAGUAAUAAAGAGGAGGACAUUGGCCUUGAUCGUGAGCACUUCAAGAAUUUGAAGAACUUCUGGGAGAAGGGAGCAGACUCGGUGAUGAUGGGAAGUGUGCCAGAGUCCCCAGGCUCGCUGGAGGCAGAUGGCAGGCAGUUCAAGCUGUGCCGCUCGCUCUCUGUGCAGUCAGAUCAUGGCCAGAACAGUGAAGAAAAGCCUGGAGCCUUCACUAAAACAAGAAGCCCUUACAAAAGGACAAUAACUUUAUCUUCCAGUGAGGAGGAACCAAGCUAUGUAGCUCCUGUGAGGAAGGGAUCCAUUUCCAUUGCUCCGAGGUCUACAUAUGCCAAGAGCAAAGGAGGCCUGGUUACAAGAAAUAAUUCGCUGGGCGAAAGCAAUGGGAAGCCGUCAGUGCCAGAGGAAGAGAAGGCAGCACAGCGCAGCUCCAAGAAAUCCAGAUUGCCUGUGCGAGUGCCUUCCAUCAAAAUCGAGUCUCCUACUAAGGAAGUAUCUGGCAGCAUGUUUGAGCCAGAGAUGCCUACAGAGAAGUUGAUUGUGGCAGAGGAGCGCAAGCGCACAGAGAGCUCUUUGGCAAGCAGGGUGCAGACACUGAUUGAGCCUGCGCCUGCAGGUGGUGACAAAAAUGAUGAGAAAGCACAAAGACCUGAUGUGGGCUCUCAUGACAACAUGGGAAUAAAUGGAGAGCUACCUGAGGAAAAUACAAGCCAGUCUUCAGAACAGCCAACAGGCAGUGUGCUGGCUGGAGGGAGAGAAGCUGUUCGGAAGAUGGACUUGUCUGUUCACUCAGAGGAAGAUGGAGAUCAUUCUCCUGCUGCUCAAACCUUGGCCCAAGCAAACAGCAUUAAUCUUGCAAAGAGCAUGGUGAACAUUUACACAACCACAGAGACGUACAGUAAACCUCUUUUGAUACCCCAUCAAUUUCUUGAACCUGAAAGAGUCAAAGAACUGAGCAGAUCCUCUCCUCUCCUGUUGUCUGAGACAGAAUCAGACACGGCUUCGGAAAUCAGCUUCCAGUUUAGCAAGCACAAAAAGACUCCUAGCAUUGGCAGCCACUCCUCCGACAUGGCAUCUGUCUCCUCGGUGAGUGGCAGUGUGCUCAGUGUGUACAGCGGCGAUUUUGGGAGUGUGGAUGCCCAGGGUACUGUGGAAUUUGCACUAGACUAUGAUGAGAAGAACCGUGAGUUCCAGGUUCAUGUGUCCCAGUGCAAGGACCUGGCUGUUGUGGAUGAGAAGAAAGACAGGACUGACCCGUAUGUUAAAACUUACCUGCUCCCAGACAAAGCGAGAAUGGGUAAGAGGAAAACCUCAGUGAAGAAAAGGACUGUGAAUCCUGUUUACAAUGAAGUGCUAAGGUAUAAAAUAGAGAAAAUGGUAUUGCUGAUCCAAAAAUUGAAUCUCUCUGUUUGGCACAAUGACCCAUUGGGACGUAAUAGUUUCUUGGGAGAGAUUGAAUUAGACUUGGCCAGCUGGGACUGGAGCAACCGAAAACUCAACUGGUAUCCACUGAAGCCCCGGAGUCUUUCUGCUGUUAAUGGCGUGGAUCAUCGAGGAGUGAUGAAUUUGUCUAUUAAGUAUGUCCCUCCAGGAAGCCUAGGUCCCAAGAAUCCUCCCUCUGGUGAAGUUCACAUUUGGGUCAAAGAUGUUAAGGACCUUCUACAGUUGCGUCCUUCUGGAGUUGACUCCUUUGUGAAAUGCUAUGUGCUUCCAGACACGAGUAAGAAGAGCUACCAAAAGACCCGAGUCGUAAAAAGAGACACAAACCCUGUUUUCAAUCACACUAUUGUGUAUGAUGGCUUUCAUACAGAGGACUUGAAGGAUGCUUGUGUUGAACUGACUGUGUGGGAUCAUGAAAAACUAACCAACCAUUUCCUUGGAGGAAUCAGGCUGGGCCUUGGGACAGGUUUGAGCUACGGCAUCCCCGUGGACUGGAUGGACUCAACACAAGAGGAGGUGGCCUUUUGGCAGGAGAUGAUGUCUGCCACCAAUGAGUGGAUUGAGGGGUUGCUGCCACUACGCUCGUUGGCAGGGAGGAAAAAACUGAAAUAACCUACUGUGUGUUCUAGGGCAAGGCUGAACGUGUUUGUUAGAUAUAGGAAACUUCCCACCCCGAGGUGAUAGAGACCAUGGGGCUGGCAAUCAUAAGGUUAGUAAGGCAGUUCAUGGGCAGCACUUUGGAGAUGUUAAAUGUUAACAAUUUGUUCCCUGAUGGAAGACCUGGAAAGUGCCAAACUGAUGCUAUGCUUGAUUUUGAACAAGAAGAAAUGUUACCUUUUUAUUUAAUGAGUGUGUUUGAAUCCAUUAAGCACUGGUAACAUCAGCAGGAAAGAGGAAAUCCAGAUAUUUAUUUAUUUUUUUACUCUUGCUUGUACUGUGGUGUUUUUUUUAACCCAUGCAGAGAUGUAGUUGUACUGAAGCUUCGCUAUGGUAUCAUGCAUAUUUACCUGCAGGUGGUACACUUUGUACUUUAUGUAGAAUUGUUCCAAGUCACCAGGCAGCACAGGCUGAAAAUGAGAGCUUUGCAUUUGUCACUGGUGGCAACACAUCUGUACCAUGAAAGAAAUUGAGAUCCAGAGUGAAUCUAAAGAAAGAGAGGACUGUUUAAAACAGAAAAUGAAGCAAUCCAAGGAGGAUAACAACCAGGAAUUCAGUAUGUUAAAUCCUUUCUGCUUUAAUACAAAAGAGCAAAGAGAUGGUCCUGCAGCUAGUAAGAUUUUGCAAUCAAGAGCUGCUUUCCUAGCUUUCCCACUGGCUUCGUCAGUGACCUCAGGCAAGUUACUCUAUUAAAACAGUUCCAGUGCAAUAUGAAUUGAAGUGCUUGCCUAACUGUAAAAUAACAUUACAUUGCUAAUGGACCUAAUAGCAUCUUUGAAAUGCCUUGUGUGCAAAACAUUUCAAUAUAAAAUAAUGAUGUAGGGAGCAGUCUUGCGUUAGCCUGGCAUAAUGGGUCAGGAAAAAUGGUCAGAACUGCAGUGGAACCCAGGAGAUCCUGGGAGAGGUAAGCAGGGAGUGAACAAAUGCCAAGGGGAGCUGCAGAGCUGAGGACUAGGGUAACCACCUGCCUCCAUAUAUCCUGCUCCCCUUCUUGUCUGCCUCUCACCUGAUGCCUGUCAGAUAGUUGUCCAGAGCUAGAGCAACCUUCUUGUCAGUAAUUGCAAGAGUUUUGUGUCUGGCACACUCUAACAGUGGUAGAGUGAUGUUAUGAAUGCAUUUUGAAAUGUAGCUCUGUGAUUUGUACCUUGGAUGUACAUAUUGUGAUUAAAUAGAAUGUUUUUCUUUAGUCAUCAGCUGGUCUCCUUGUGCCUGUCUUUAGCAUGGUCUGAGUAAUGACAUUGCAAGCAAAAGAGGUGUUAUAUUUUAUCGUGCCAGAAUGACCCUUUUUUGCCCAAGGGUAAGUGAAAUGUUGUGGAGAAAUAUGUAUAUAUAUGUUCGUAGUUGUCCCAUUUUAGAUUUUGGUUCUGUGAAUAUUUUGAUAUUCUUUAAUGUGUUGAUUGUAUUUUUUAACUCAAACAGCACUAAUAUUCAGCUGAGCAAAAUGGUUCUAAAUAAAUGAAAGAAAACUUUUAUGGUUAAAAUAACCAGAGUUUUUCAUGAAAUGAAGACAUCUGGGAGAUAAUCAACAGCUGUCAGGGCAAACAACAAAGAUUGUGGUUUUGCAAUUGGAGAAAGAUAAUACUUGAAAAUGUACCAGUUAUGGUACUGAAAGCACUAAGAGAAAGUCCAUAGGGCAGCAGAAUUAAUUAAUGACUAACCUAAUGAAGGACUUGGUCUAUAUAGCAUGUUAACCCAAAGAGACUUUACAUGGGUUCUAGCCUGGUGUCACUUCAGUACCUCCAUGGGAUAAAACAGCAGCAUGUAAGUAUUUAUGCAUACAUACAAGAGAACUUCCACAAAGAGGCCUGCUUGUUGGUGGCUGCUGUGAGUUACCUGCAGGACUGCUGCUCUCACCCCAAAUGUUUCCUUAUCCGUGUUCCUCCCAGGGGGAUUUCUGCUGUACCUGCAGAUGUGGAUGGUGCUGCAGGAGCCUCCAGCCAGGCAGGCCCAGCUCUUCCUCCAGAAGGUUUGCCUGACUGCUUUCCAUGUGAGCACAGAGCCAUCCCUCCUGCUGCUCCUCAUGUGCAGCAGUUGGGACAAGCACUGCUGUUACACAACUAGAGCUGGAAGUGUUUGUUUGGUCUUUCAGAAAAUUAUUGUCUUUUUCACCAGUGGUGCCAAUAAAGGGGAUAAAGGGUGUCAGUGGCCCAGCUUCAUGCCGGAGUGGUGGCUGCUAUGGACUUGGCCCAGGAUUUUGUGAACAGGUUGUUUCUGUAUUCAGACUUCUUUGAGGAUUUUUGUUAAUCUUUCAGUAGCUUGUUUAUUUAAAUUAAGCCCUGAUUAACUUAAGGAGCUUUCUUUGGCAUUUAAUGGUUUAUCAGAGUAAAAGAUUACACUGCCAAACCACAUAUGCAUUUGCAACACAGUUGUAUUGGAGGCAGUAAAAUUUGCCCUGUCUUAUCUGUGUCACUUACUAUGCAGAAAGCACUUUAUCUGGGGGAAAAAAAACACAAAACUAAGGCACUUUUGUUGUCAGUGACACACGGGGGAGUGGAGGAGCUUGUGAAUAUAAGGUCAGUGCCUGUUUGCAUGUGGCUUACGAUGCUGACAUUUGUUGUCUGUGCCUGCUACAUAUGUAAACUCAGGGCCAUAGGCUUACGAGAACGUGAGUUUAAUAGUAAUUGGUAAAAAAAAAAAAGUUGAAAUAUUUCUGCCUGUAUUUACUAGUUCAUUGUAGAGUGGGUUAAGCAGAGUUCUAUAAGAAGAUAUAUGAAAGUAUAAGACUCAGUGCAUGCAGUAAGUGUGUUUAAAAAUUCAUUUCUAAGACUACAAGCAGGCAAGUACCAGUGCUACAUGUUCCAGCAGGGAUCCCUGCUGAUGCAGCUCCUGGGGCCGAGUCCUGUGGUCACUGAUCCCUUGCUGGGUACAGAGGUAACCCCAGGGGCUGGGCAGGCUGAUGUGUUGCAGGGUGCUACCUUUAGGCACAAUCUGCUUAAAAUAAAAGAAAAAUAUCAUUGUCUGCAGUUGAGCUGGGCAGCUACUUUCUAUGAAUGGUCUGCAUUUGAGAGUAAAUGUGCUCCUUUUGAGUUUAUACCUUAUCUAUGUAACUUUUUCUUUGAAAUCUUGUAAGCAAGAAGAGAAGAGAAGGCAAGAUUCUGGAAAUUAUUUCUUCCUCCUCAUGCACGUAUAAUCUGUGGCCUGUAUGUAUUCAAAACUUUCAUAUCACAGGUAUCAAACUAUCAAAAAUAAUUGGGAAACUAACUAAAGAAAAAAAUAACUGCUGAAUCUUGAGCAACAUCCAGCAGAUGAAUGUCUCAGAGGAGAUGGAAAACAAGUGGUUGAGUUAAUUAUCCAUUGCUAAUAUUUGCUCGGCUCUAUUCUUCACUAAGACAGGGAAAAAAAAAGAAAUACUGUGAUGAUUCAGGGAGAAAAUUGUGCUGCCUGAAUAAACCCAUGUAGUAACAUCUAUUUAAAUGAGAUUUACUGUAUUUUUGAAGGCUUGUCAAAUUGACUCAAAAAUGUAUCAAAUAGAAAACCUGAAUAAAGAAUCACACUUCCAUUCCUGAUAACUGAAACUGUGUGUAUUCAGCACAAAGUUGGUUGGGUAGUUUGUAUUAUUUGGCUGUUUUGUACUUGUAUAGCUUCCAUAGGCUAAUAUUUUUUUUUGUUCAGCUGCCUGUUUUCCACCCGUCAGGUGUCAUGGCUGUGUGCUCUUGGUGUUCCAACAGAUGCCUGGGAGGAGCCCCUCGCUGUGUUGCCACAGAGGUUAUCAGAAGACACUGGGAUUGCAAAGAUGCCAUAAGGUAUGUGUUACUGGAGCUGCUCACUCAGCAGCACUGCUGCACAAGAUAUUACUGAUGCGUAGAAAUCUCCCAGAAUAGAGAUCCCUUCCCAUGGGAUCAUCCUGGAGGAUCAGCCACUUCUCCCUAGGGAGUGUGCUCUAUGUAGAGGCAUUUUGUACCUGCAGCUUUGCCGUGAGGAACAGGGCAUCAGCGAGGGGCUGGCUGAAGUCCCUGGGGCCACGAGGGCACUCUGAGUGUGGUUUGGUAUUGCAGAGCCAACUCUUGAUCUGCUGUGUGAGCAGGAGAGGGCUCAUGUGUGAUGAGGUUGAAGCAAAAGUGGGUGGCUUAAGGGAACCUGUUCCCACUUUUGGAGUGCUUAUCAGCUUCUCCCAUCCUUCUGAAUGUGCCAGUGUUUGGAGGGUGCUGGAUCAGCUCAGAGCAGCACAAAACUGAGCACCAGCCUCCAGGAGGGCUGUGGAGAGAAGUCACUGUUAACGGCUUUGGAUAAACACCGGUGGGAGCAAAGGCCCAACCUGCAAGGUUUGGUGGUCACACCAGGUUGGCGCUGGUGUGUUCUGGGUUACAGUCCUGCUGUGAACAGCCUGCUGGUGGCGGCACAUUCAUUUCCUUGUAAGGCACUUAAGCAGGUGCUUGCUUAAGCAGAAAGAUGGUUGCAUUUAAAAUUCUAUAAAAUCUCAUUAUACUUGUCUUUGGGCUGUGCACCUAAGUCUGCUAAACCAUCCCUGCUUUGUUGGAUUGUCCUAGGAGGAAAGGAGGAAGACCUGAGGAUGACAGCAGUUCUGCUGCUUAGCUUCCAGGUUUUUUUCCAGGGCUGCAUUAAGGAUUAGAAAUUACUUGGUGCUCUGUGUUACAUGAAGCACCAAAUAUAUAGUACCAUGCAACCAGUCCCACUGCCUGCAGCAUGAAGGCCCCCACAAUUAGCCUACAGCAAGAACUACAGCUUCUGAUAAAGGCUUGUGUUUAGAGGCAUAGAACAAAGUGAACGGAAAUAUAUUUUGUUUUUUCUUGCUCUGCAAAACUGCCUGUGCUGCAAUAGACUAUAAACAUGAGACGCUACUGAUAGGAGCAGAAAACAGAUUUCAUGCAUCUAGCAGCCUACAAUGCCAUCCUCCUGGCUUGCAAACAAUCCAAAGCAGCUCUUGAGCUGCAAGCUCAAGUGCUGGGCUCAGAGGGGAAGCUUAGGAGCUGCUUUCUGGCAGUGUAAGUAGUUCAGACACCCACUCUGUAGGAAGAAAAAACACAAUAACCUCUUCUCUCCUCCUCUCUCUCCCACUCACCAUUACUAAUUUAUCCUGAUUGUAAUGGCUUCUAUUUGCUCUAAGCAGAUCCUGUUCCCUUCCUAAGAAGACCUGAACAGCUACGGGGACAUAAUAUUCCCAGUGGAGGAUCUGUUCUUCAAUUCAGGCAGACAUAAUGAUGGGAGCCCCCGUUUUUCAAUCAGCCAACCCAUGGCCUUCUUAAUGUGAUUGUAAUCUGAGAUAAGACACCUGGUGCUGCAGCUGGAGAAACCCAUCCCAUGGUAUUGAGCUGCCUUUUAAUUUACUGUCACAGGGAAACAUUUUGCAAAUAUUUUACAUAUCUUCAGGAGCCCAGCCACCACUCUGCACAAGCUGGUGUGGCCGGAGGCUAUCCCAUGUUUGCGCUGUGUGGCACCAGAGCAGCCCUUCCACUUGCAGGGGUGCAAGGACAAGCUUAUCCUCUGUGCACUCCCACCCAUGGGGUUCAGAGUGUACCAGAUUUCCACUUCCCUGUCCAUUCUGGUUGCAAAAUAAAUGCUAACACUGCCCCGGA